AGUGAUGUUAAUUUAAUAUUCUUUUUCUAUACUUUUUCUUUUUUUUAUUCUUCAAAGAAGGACGAAUUACUAUUCUUUUUUAAUAUACAAUUUCUUAGGAGUGAAAUAAAAAGAAGGAAAAGCCUGCCAAAGGUUCGACCUCUCUUUUCUAAAAUAUUUUAGAUUCUUUACAAUAUCAAUAUAUACUAACGUAGUCACAAAGAGUUAUUUAUUGUUACUACGUAAACGAUAAACGGGUCAAAUCCUGGCGAUUUGCAUUCGCAACUUAACUCCUAAGCGUGACCUCAGUGUCGUGACAUUUUCCCAUUUGUAAUCUUCGUUCUCUGUGUGUAACUUAUUUACAUCUUUUUAUACGUCGUUUAUUCUUAACAAAUACAUUACAUAUAUAUAUAUAUACACACACACACAUUACGUAUAUAGAUAUAUGUAUAGGUAAAUUCGUUUUAGCUAUUUUUUAUUUUUUUAUGAAACUAAAUCUUUUUUUUAAACUUCUAUAUAAUUAUUUAACAUUUAUAUCUUUAUAACAACGUCGACGGCUCGACGGUAUGUAAUUUGAAAUUUUCUCUUAUCGCGCCGAACAUCACGUGACCUGAACGAUCGACGCGGCGCCUAGCGUAAUAACAAUGGUACUAAAGGCGGAUUUUUCUCGAAGAGAAAACAAAACCGGCGUAGUUCGAAGGAAGUCAUUGUCUUGGUUACCUCGUUGGAAUUUCAUUAAGGUUACAUCAUGCCCGAUAAAAAUAUUCAAACGGAAUCUCGAAAAAUACGACGAGAUUUCACAUGUCAGACUAACGAAGACGGUCAUUUGGAAGAAUAUGUAACUUAUUCGAAGAAGACACAGAUUUCUGGUAAAAGUUGGAUGGAAUUUUUGUGUUCCUGUCCGAAAAACAAACACAUAAAAAAUGAGAACGUAAAGAAGAAAUGAAAAAAAAAAAAGAGAAAAAGAGAAAAAGAGAAAAGAAAAGGACAGGACCGUAACGAUAAUUUGGGAAGAAGAAAUUUGUCAGGACCUUUCGUGCUUCGCUUUAACCAUUCUUGGAAUAGAAGAAAGAUCCGAAAGUUCGAAGCAAUCGAUUGAAUUACCAGCGAUAAGUAGCAGAGCCAACUUCUUCACGUAUUUCGAAAGUAUACUUAAUACGUGAUUUUACGUAGCAUAAAUUAGCAAGUGAACGGUCGUUAAUAGACCAGUGCAGCGGCUCUGAGGAAGGAGAGGAGAGAAAGAGGAAGAGAGUUAAUAGUGAGAGCAAAAGAGACGGAAGAAGGCGCUAUAUGCGUUGAGGUACCAGCACGAGUGCCAGCUAAGAGAAAGAAAGAGAAAGAAAGACAAGCGUUAAAGGGAGAAGAGACGUCUAAAGAGAAAGAGGACUGACCGUGUGCGUGUGUGUACGUGUUUGUGCGUGCGCCUAUCGAACUAAGCUCUUUCUAUGUGUUUGUCUGUGCGUGUGUGUAUAUCUGUGUGUACUAUAUAGUGGGAGUGAGGAGUGAGGAGGAGGAGGCGAAGAAGAAGAAGAAUAAGAAGAAAGAAAAAGAAAGGAAAAGAAAAAGAAAGGGGUGCUAGAAGACAUUAAAAACAUCCAACGAGAUGCAUUUUCACGGUGGCCUAUUGUUGACGAUCUUUCUAAUCGUCCUUUCAUGUCCUUUGACGCUUCGGGCACGAAGAGUCGCACCUUUGAUGGAGGACGAUUGGGCCAGAAGGCCUCAUCGAGCUGCCGAAUGCACCUUUGGAAAGCAGAUUCGAGAGUUGGGUUCUACCUGGUUCGCGGAUUUGGGACCACCAUUUGGGGUUAUGUACUGCAUCAAAUGCGAAUGCAUUCCGGUGCAAAAGAAACGACGUAUCAUCGCUAGGGUUCAAUGCCGCAACAUUAAGAAUGAAUGUCCGAAGCCCACCUGCGACGAACCAGUCUUACUUCCGGGAAGAUGCUGCAAAUCGUGUCCCGGUGAUUACAGUACCGACACGGUUCAGGAUCUACCAGCUCAAUUGACGUCGGAGGAAGAGGAACGAAGCUUAAAACAUUUCGGUACGCUGUUAACCGGAAAAACGUCCCAGGCAGUGCGCCGUGACGACACAGUGCCAACAUCCAAUUAUAACAGCGCCUACAAUUACUUAGCAACCGGUCGUUUCACGUUCCACCGUAAGAAUUUGUAUUAUUCGUUCUACCUAUCAGCUGGGACACCACGACCAAGGAGUAUACAGUUCAUCGAUGGUUCCGGUAGCAUUUUGGAAGAGCAAACGAUCGAUGCCGCAGGUGGUGUUUAUCAGAAUGCAACAGGGAAAGUGUGCGGUGUUUGGAGACGAGUACCAAGGGAUUACAGAAAAUUAUUACGAGAAGAACGUCUACAUGUAUCAUUCAUUUGGGAACCGUGCGCCAGUUUGACAGGACAGUUGUCUCGUUAUCGAGCGUUAUCUACCGAACAAUUUACGUCCUUGUUGGAACCAACUAUGGGGGUUGACAGAUCGCUGAUGUCAGGAGCAGGUGGUACAGCGAUCGUUUCGGCGUCCUCGGCAUCGGCACCAUCCAUCCACGUGUCUCUCGUCUUCAACGGAGUCUUUCUACCAAACGACGUCUCCGAAGUACCGAUAAUCGUUCAACUCGAACACGUUGAGAAGGAUUACGUGGUAUUGAGGGAAGAAAUAGUGGUUAAGAAGCCAUCGAACGAGUUGAACUUUGGCGAGGUUCGAAGCGCUUUGUCAGGAGCUGAUCUGCGUCUUUUAACGCGAGGGAAGUUAUCUAUCAGUAUAAUGUCUAGAAGAGAUCCUCAAGCUUUGAGAUUGUCCGGUAUGGUCGGUCCACGUGUCAGCUGUGACAUGUAUCAGACGUUGUUGAUAUCGGAGAGUCCCUCGAGAGCCUCUGGAUUGGCUUGGGCUUUUCUUGAUCGUAGUGGUGCCUUGAGAUACGGCGUUAGAUUGAUCGGUUUGGAAGAGGAGAGUCCAUUGGUAACAUUGGUCGACGAGGGUGGGAAACGUCGUACAGAACUCGAAGACCUGACACCAUCUUUACGAGACGGUUUUGCUAAUGGUACACUGGAUCGACCUGGGCCACGUUUCCUCGAGCCAUUGUUCAACGGUGAACUCUCGGUCGUCGCAGCUUCUCAUCUAGGUUCGUUGUUACGCGGUCGUCUUCUUCAAAGGCCUGUAGCGGAUGCCAGAGACACAGCAGCACCGGUUUUGUUGAGAAGACUUACCGAGGAUUCCCAAUAUCCAGCCCCUACAGCUUUGAUUUGGACCGCGGUUGAUCUCGAUUGCGCUCUUCAUUACGAACUCGAAAUAGCUGGAUUGGAACAACCCAAUACGAGCUCGAACGGGGAUCAAGAAGCACGUACUUUCCGUUUGUAUUUGGAAACCAUGCCACUUCUAGCUCAGGGUGCUCCAGUCGCGAGGAGACUCCUCGAGGAAUUUACAGGAAACGUUCUCGAGGGAUCCGUCACUGGACUCUCACCUGUAGAGUUAUACAGGAUCGAGUCUGGCAUCGGCUUUCUCGAAGUGACGGACAAACAAGCGGGCAGUUUACUGAAGGCACCAUUUAAGGCCAGGGCACCUCUCAGUUGUCUUCCCCAUUACGCUGACAACGACGUUGCCUCGGUCGUUGCUUACAAUCUUCAUCCGCCAAGAUCGGAAAUCGAAACUGGCGCUUGUUUUCAUGAGACCAGAUUCUACGAGGAGGGUACUCAAUGGACAUCCGCCAACGACCCAUGCUCCAUGUGUCACUGUUAUCGUGGAUUGGCUCAAUGCGAUCCGGUACCUUGUCCAGUCCUUGCCUGUCCUCAGGGCAAACAGCUCAAACCAGCGGCAGGACAUUGCUGUCCUAUCUGCUCGAUUACAGCGACGAAUACUACUACUACCAUUACCACUACCACUAUCACGGGCAAGAGCAACGUCACUUACGUAGGAAGAGGUUGCAUACUAGCCGGUCAAUAUCAUCCAGCUGGAGCGUCCUGGCAUCCUUAUCUACCCCCAGUUGGAUUCGACACUUGUGCCGUUUGCACCUGCGACGCUGUCACGUUGGAGGUGAAAUGCCCGAGAGUGCAGUGUCCGCCAUUGGAUUGCGACGAGAAGAUUGCCUUUAGGCCGGACAAAAAGGCAUGCUGUAGGCAAUGUCCUAGCACGACACCAAGUUCGGCUACUGCAUUAAACGGCAAUUCGGAUGGGAUGAGUUUGCCGCGUGAUCAGGCGGCACCCUCGACCCGUCGUUCACCCGAAGAAAUUUUAGCAACCGGUGGUUGCAAGUAUCCACUUGGUGGACCGUACGAGAACGGUAUGGAAUGGCAUCCAAGAGUUCACUCUCACGGGGAGAUGAAGUGCGUCAAGUGUCGAUGCAAGAAUGCCGAGGUCAGGUGCGAAAGGAAACGCUGUCCAAGAUCUCUCUGCAACUCGAUAGCGCAUCAGAUAAAACGAGGCGACUACACCGUAGCAGACGCCGACGAUUGUUGUACGGCACAAUGCCGUCGUUCGAGACGUCAUCAUCGUAACAACAAUCAUCAUCCCCCGAGGCAUUCGGUCUCUCCAAGAGAAUUGAGCUGAGGAUGGACAGGAGGACAGAUUCUUUCUUUAAACGAGGAAGAAGCAAGUUUUUUUUUACUCCUCAUCUCAAAACCGAGUGACUCGUUUGUUUCUUGUUGCUCUUAUUAUACAGAGAAAGAACUCUUAUCUACUUUUGCCGCACCACUGUUACGUGUAAUAUUUUUAAUGUUUAACGUACACACGCACCACGUACACACACACACACACACACACACAUAUAAUGUAUGUAUAUGCGUGUGUGUGUGUGUCCUAAUCCUCGUUAAUCGAGGACCAAUCUAAUGGAAUUCGGAAAAGUAGAGAACGAGAAAAGGGAAAAAGGUAUAGGGUCGAGUAUAUCGAUUCUUACUGGGUAUCCAACACGAUGGGAAUGAAUGGAGAGAAAAAGUUCAUGAACACCAAUGAAAGAAAAAGUGAGGAGACUCUCUCUCUCUUCUCUCUGUCUCUCUCUGUCUCUCUCUGUCUCUAUCUAUCUCUCUUUCUCUAUCUCUUUCUCUCUCUCUAUCUCUCUCUAUCUCUCUCUCUCUCUCUCUCUCUCUCUCUCUCUCUCUCUCGUGGUCUUCGUUCUUGCAAUCGUUCAUACGUCGGACCCCAUGGCACCCAGAGGCCCGCAGCCAGACGUUUUAUUAAUCAAUUGGCUCUCAUCAAGAGAUAAACGAAACGGAAGCUAAACUGCUCUCUAUUUACGAGCUACUAUACGGCACGACAACCUUUCCAACAAAAAAGAUUAAAAAAAAAGAGAAAAUGAAGGAAGAAAAAAAGGGAUAAAAGUGAAAAAAGAAAAACAAUGACGAUGACGAUGACGAUGACGAUGACGAUGACGAUGACGAUGACGAUGACGAUGAGAGGGAGAUGAAACUUUAGUCGUAACGGUAUCGCAGUGCUCUACUGUACCCACCAACCUCAUCGAGUUACCCAGCAACCAAAGAAGACUGAAGAACCUCCGAUGGCGACAUCAGUUAUCAUAAUGCGAUAUCACUUGCUUCAUAAUCUUACUAAUUAUUUCAGCUUACUAUUAUUAUUAUUAUUAUUAUUAUUAUUAUUAUUAUUAUUAUUAUUAUUAUUAUUAUUUUAUUAUUAUUAUUAAUAUUGAUAUUAUUAUUACUACUAUUUACUAUUACUAUUGUUGCUGCUACUGCUACUGCUACUGCUAUUGCUACUACACUACUACUACUGCUACUACUACUACUAGAUUAUUGCUAUUGUCGCUACUACUACGAGCUACUACGGUGCACCGUAGAUAACGUUACCUAUAUCAUUGUAAAUAUCGGAUUAUCGUUCCAUCACAUUAAUUAUCAUUCAUUGCUUGCAAUUUUCUUUUUGGCAAAAUACCUACAAUUUCAUAGUUCUAUCCUUUUUUGUGUAAUCGCUUUUCUUUUUCUCAUACCUGCAUAUUUAUUAUCGUUUCUUUUAUCACUCUCUCUCUCUCUCUCUCUCUCUCUCUCUCUUUCUUUUUUUUCUUUAUUUCUCUAUCUAUCUAACUAUUCGGACAAUGAAACCUUCUCAAAGAAACGUUUCGUAGUAUUCUAACGUCAUAAAAGGCUUAGUAGACCGCUUGACAAGGUGACGCUAUAGCAUUAUUUUCCUCCCCCUCUAAAUACCCACCCCCUACCGCCCAGGUAAUAAACAUAUACUUAUUGUUAGAGAGGUUGAGUCGGUACGUGAUCAGUGCUGUCUUUGUUAAAAAGAAAAAAAGGAAAAAAACAUAAAGAGAAAAGAAAAAAAAAUAAUAAUAAUAAUAAAAAACGGUAAAAAAUGAACACUCACAAAAAAGAAAGAAGGAAGAAAAGAGGUUACGGGUUGGAGAACAAAAAGUAGACGAAGAAGAAGAAGAAAAAGAAGAAGAAAAAACAGUUCAGUAAUGUCCGUCUGUUAUCUAGUAUAAUACUUUUUUUUUCUUUCUUUUUUUUUUCUUUUCGUAAGCGCGCGUUUGAAUCGUUAGAUCUUUUCCGACGAUGAAUGACAAAGGUGUAAAAGUUGUGUCUACGUGAAACGUUAAAUUGACGUAAGUAAGUAAAUAAGUAAAUAAGUAAGUAAGUAAGUAAAUAAGUAAAUAAGUAAGUAAGUAGACGGAAGGGUAGUAAAACAACAAACGAACGAGGGUGGAGGGGGAAAAAAAGGAAAAAGAAAAAAGAAAAUGGGGUCUUGUACUACGUUGUCGCGGCAGCUGGCAGGCCUGGUUGCUUUUUCGAAAAAGGCAACGAUUUCUUUCUCCCGUCGUCCACUAAACAAUCGGGAGCACAAAUUUCAUCUGCGGCGUUUCUUUUUUCUUUUUUUUUGUUUUUGUUUUUUUUUUUAUUUUGUUUCUUUCUUCCUUUCUUCUUCUCCGAACGUCGUGUAAUACCUAUGCUCGUUCGAAUAUUUUAUUAACGAUGGAAAGUAUUUCUUUCUUUUCUUUAAUUUCUUUCUUUGACACACACACAGACACGCAUAUACAGACACAUACAGAGAGAGACAUAUACAUACAGACGUACAUAUAUACAUAUUUUUUACGGAAAGCGUUGAUCCGCUAUUUACCGUUCGUGCCUUUAAUUAAUUAUUUACGUGCAUGCAUUAGUCCGAUACCAUUAACUAUAGUAUUAGAAUAUAUAGGAUUUUACUUAUGAUUAUCACGGACAGUCUGUUGAUUGUUGACAAUUUUGUACAUAAAACGAAGAAGAAGAAGAAGAAGAAAGAGAAAGAGAAGGAGGAGUAGAAAAAAAGAAAUGAACGUAUAUAAUGUGUAACGAAAUUAUGCAUCUAUCGGUAUGCUAAUGAACGAUCAAUUAUUAUUAUUAUUAUUAUUAUUAUUAUUAUUAUUAUUAUUAAUUAUUAUUAAUAUUAUUUAUACAGCUCGAUAGUUUAUAAUAUAUCUUCAUCGAACCCGCGAUAUACGGGAUUUGAUGUAACAAGUUAUCAUUUGUAAUUAUAGUUAUUAUUAUUAAUGUCAUUAUUAUUUAAAGUCAUCACCACUUACGUAUGCAUGUUAUCUAUCUUUAUCUAAUUUCUUUUUUCUUUUCUUUUCUUUUCUUUUUUCUUUCCUUUCUUUUCUUUUCUCUCUUUUUUUUUUCUUUCUAAUAGAUUUAGCUUUACAAUUUUUUGAGUUAAAUCGAAUGGCAAUGAUUUUUUUAGAUAGUCAAAUCGAUCAGAUCGUAUCGUGAUUAGGAUCAAUUUAAAAUCAUAGAUCAUUAUCCUUCGAAUCGAAUCGAAAAUCUGUGCGAUAUAAUUUAAUAAUCGUUAUUCAGCAGCACGUAAAAAUUUGUUUGUUAAAGAAUAGAUAAUGUACUGUGCCAAAACAAUGAGAUAUAAUUAAUUAAUCAAUUUAAUUAAUUAUUAUCGGUUUAUUAUCAUUACCUUAAUUAGACUUAUUGCCAUUAUCUCUAACUCCCAUUGUAAUUUCAUUAUCUAUGUAUACAUACAUUCAGAUAUUAUCUUUCUUGUUACGCCGAAAGUGAAAUAACGUACCUAACUGUUGACACUGCUAAUUAAUACAAUGAAGCUUAAAUAGCGAAAGAAAAUGUAUGCCGAUUGCAGUAUUUUCAUUAAUAAAAUAAAUUUACUCCA